GGAAGCCGCACAGCCUGGCCACACCCGACCCGAGACCUAAAUCGCCGCCACCGUUCCUCGCCACUGCGGCGACCGCCGUUCUCCUCCCCCUCCCACCCCGCAUCGGAGAGGAAGAUCGCCGCGCCAGCGCCACCAUACCCGACCCUCGACUCCACCACUCUCGGCGGCCGAAAGCCCAGAAACCCAGCAGCAGUGUGCAACGAGACGAUCAGAUUGUUCUCUUUUACCAUCGUCUCGGACAAGGCAACAGAGAGCAGGCAGAAGGAUGGAUGAGCAAGAUGAUAAAAGUACAAAGGCUGAGCUGAAACUAUGUGGUGACAUAGCUGUUAAGAGGAAGAAUUACCGUGGCGCGUCAGCAUUCUACAGCGAGGCAAUUGAGCUGGACCCUAAUGAUGCGACGCUGUACGCAAACAGGAGCCUUUGCUACCUGCAAAUGACUGAAGCAGAUAAGGCUUUGCAUGAUGCUAACACCUGCAUAAAACUGCGUCCUGAAUGGUUAAAAGGUUACUACAGGAAAGGAUCUGCUCUUAUGUCGCUCAAGGAGUACAAAGAAGCAUGUGAUGCGUUCGAAGCCGGACUGAAACUGGACCCUGGAAACACCGAGUUGGAGAAAGUAUUCCAGGAGGCAGUUGAGGCGAUGAAAAAGGAUGACUUGGCCAGAAAAAGAGAAAAUGCUUCAAGCCAUCCAGCUAGAGAAAAACAGGCACGCAAGGGGCGCGGCCGCAACACCCACUGAGCUGCUGCAACAACGUACGCGGGCGAUUGUGCUAAGCCAGCCACCGCCUGCAUCCCUAUGGGAUUUCACUGAAUUUCCCGUUUUGUACACAAUAUUUAGUAAAACGUACACUGUAGCUGUGAGAUUGGUUUUUGAAUUGCGCCGUUUACAGCUUGGUUCUGUUUUAUAUCACCAAACCGUAUGUAACUUGGUUCAGUUUUAUCACCAAAAUUGGCAGCUAUCUGUCAGCCUAGCUAUCACCAAAUUUAUGUAUGAUCUUACGGUUCAUGAUGUGCUGGAGCUCUCAGAAAUCAGAACGUUUGUACGAUGCAUCACACUAUGACACUAUCAGUUUGUGA